AUGGCGAGCAUCAACCCGUUCUCCCUGCGCAAGCAGCUGGCCUUCUACGGCGCCUACCACACCGACACGGUCAACGUGCUGAUCCACGUCGUCGGCGUGCCCUCCAUCAUCUUUGGCGUCUGCGUGCUGCUGGCAUCGCGCGGCUCCCUCUUCCUCAGCGUCCAGCGCACCUCGCCGCUCCUGGCAUCCUACCUCUCCCUCUUCGGCUCCCAGCUGGCCAGCAUCCUGCCCAAGUGGGCGUUUGAGCACGCCAGGCUCGACGCAUCCACCGUCUUCAUGUCCUCCUACCUCGCCUACUAUACCGUCCUCGACCCCGUCGCCGCCACCCUCUACACGCCAGUCUGGUACUCGAUCUGGUACGGCGCGGAAACCCUGCUCCAGACCCGCCCCGACGUCGCGGUCAAGGUGGCCAGCAUGAUCUUUGUCGGCGGCUGGAUCGCACAGUUCUACGGACACGGCGUGCACGAGAAGCGCGCCCCCGCCCUCCUCGACAACCUCCUCGGCGCCGUCGUCCUCGCUCCCUUCUUUGUAUGGCUCGAGGUCAUCUUCCACCUCGGAUACCGUCCCCAGCUGCAAAAGGACCUCAAGAACGACGUCGGCAAGCUCGUCACCCAGUUCAGGAAGGAACAGGCCGACAAGGAGAGGAGGAAGAUCAAGUAG